AAUGUGCGGCGACCGGAAAUGUAAAAUCACAUAUAUUGCCAGAUGUCUGACUCCGACUGUAACUUGUUCAGAAUAUUUAAUGUUAUUGAAAAUAGACAAUUUGUUAUAAUUAUUUUGUCAUUUAGAUGUAUUUUACAUUGCUUUUUGCGUUGACCUGUUUGGUAACAUGUCAUGGUUUCGUCGGUACAGAUGAGAAAAAUGAGAGUCAUUGUGGUCUUCUGAAGUCUGUUCUUGACUACACACUGUUGUCAGUGAAGAUGGACAAAAAUGGGUUCCACAGGGAAGUGAUAACAACUGUUCAACUUGGUUCUAUUGUACCAAGUAGUAUAAGAAUUUCGCUGGUGUACCAGUGGCCAAAGGGCGUUUUCAUUGAUCCAUACCAGGUUACAUCCCAGAAAGAGCACAGUAAUUGGCAGAUAUUAAUAGAUUCAGCCAUUGAUCUGGAAGUCCCUGCUCACAAGACAGAAGGAUUUGUCAGCUACGCGUAUCCCACCAAUGGGCCAAGUCUCAGACUGAGAAAAGUUAUAAUUCCAAUACAUGGACGCUACCACGAGCCAUCAGCUGUUGGAAAAACAUUCAUAUCUGUUGACAUACCAGCUCCAGAUUUGUUGAUACGGUCUGACGAAUGUACAAACCUCAGCGACAUGGAUCCACACACUGUUGUGAAUGCCCCCUGCACUGCUGAUAAUGCAAGCAUAUGUUCUUGGGUUAAAGUUCAUUUUCAGGUGGUUCUUUCCAAGGAACUCGGUCACAUGAGUUUUCAGCUUCCUGUUGGUGACAGCUCAUUGGUGCUACCUGUAUGUGGAGGGACUCUACUGGUGACGUUGAUCUGCUGUGUGGUGCUGUCCAAAUACAUGUGGACUCAUCGAACUGUUCAGUGAAGAUUAUAAUAACAACAUUUUUUAUUUAAAAAACUAUAGGUGAUGGUGAACUGUUGUAAAGUUCAAAGAAUAUCAGAGGUGAUAAACAGAUAAAGUUUCACAGUAGGAGUAGUAGGAGAGAUUUGAAUCUGCUCAGUGAUCCAGAUAAUCUAGUUAUUCUGCCAACUAUUUUUGAAUUAUUAGCUAAUUAGCCUACUUUGACCUCUGUGGAAUUUCCCUGGUUAUAGAAGUGAAUAGGAGCGUUUCCCGUGACUUCCUGGAAGAUGAUAUUUGUUUUUAAAAAAAUCUGAAAAUGCAGUGUAACCAGUUGU